AUGGGUGAUUGCUGUUUGCAAUACCAUCAUCUCGCCUGCCCUGCACCUCCCUCAACCUGGCCCACCGCGCUGGUGCAAGGACGAGGACGCUCAUCGUAUCUACCUCACGACCGGGAGGAUUGCACACCACCCUCGAACAAGAAACUCGCAACACCCCGCCAACAUCGACUAGGGAACUACCCCGCCGCCUCUCGCGCCAACACCUAUGGCGUCGAGGACGGCGCCCUUCUUGUCCAGAACACACAGGAUUACCAUCCCCAACUGCAAGACCUCGCCCUCUAUGGCCCGCCUGCCCUCGCUCACAAACUCGCCCGCACCGCAUGUGAUGACGCCGACACCAUCCUGUAA